AUGAAUCCACCUCCUCAAUCAACAGAAGCCAAGGAGAUAACCACCUUUCUCCUCAUCAACAGAAGACAAGGAUAUGACCACCUUCUCAUCAACAUAAAGACCAAGGAGAUGAACACCUCCUCAUCACAGAAGACCAAGGAGAGGAACCACCUCCUCCAUCAACAGAAGACCAGGGAGAAUACCACCUCCUCAUCAACAGAUGACCAAGGAGAAGAACCACCUCCUCAUCAACAGAAGACCAAGGAGAUGAACCACCUCCUCAUCAACAGAAGACCAAGAGAUAAACCACCCUUCUCAUCAACAGAAGGCAAGGAGAAGAACCACCUCCUCAUCAACGUGAGGAAGACCAAGGAGAUGGAACCACUCCUCAUCAACGCGUGA